AUGUAUAGCCCCAAGUCGUCCGACCGGCCGCUGGCGCCGCCCGAUGGCGACUCCGACCAGGGCGAUUUUCACGCCAUCGACCCCGAGUCCGGGGUCAAGCGAGGGCUCAAGACGCGGCAUCUGAGCAUGAUGGCUCUGGCUGGUAUCAUUGGGCCUGGAUUGCUGGUUGGUGCGGGCAGUGCGCUGUCCGAAGGCGGACCAGCGUCGCUGCUCAUCGGAUUCGCCAUCAUUGGAAUCAUUGCUUUCAGCAUCAUGCAGAGCUUGGGGGAGCUCACGACCUUGUAUCCGUCGGGAGGCGCGUUCACGAAACUGGCCGACCGCAUGGUUGACCCGGCCUUUGCCGUCGCGGUUGGCUGGAAUUACUUCGUCAUCUGGUUCGCCGUGCUCGCCAACGAGUACAACGCCGUCACGAGCAUUCUGGUGUUCUGGAGCGAUGCGGUUCCGGUCUGGGGCUACUUCCUCAUUCUCUGGUUCCUAUUUCUUGGCUUUCAGUUCCUCGGUGUCGAGACGUUUGGCGAGGCCGAGUUCUGGCUGGCGCUUUUCAAACUCGCUGGGCUUGUGGCUUUCUACAUAUUCGCUAUCGUCUACGCGGCGGGAGGAAUUCCCGGCCGAGAUGCCGUGGGCUUCCGGUACUGGCAUAAUCCCGGGGCCUUCAUAUCGGGCUUUGCUGGAGUCGCAAAGGUCUUCGUCUUCUGCUCGACCUUCUAUGCCGGCGUUGAGUCCGUAGCGGUCGCUGCCACCGAGACGAAGAACCCGGGCGUCGCCGUGCCUAUGGCGAUCCGGCAGGUGUUCUGGCGCAUUCUCUUCAUCUACCUCGGCGCAGCUUUCUUCUUCGGCCUCACCUGUCCAUCGAAUGCCGAUGGGCUCGUCAAUGGCCCAAGCCGCGCCCUUCAAAGUCCAAUGACGAUCGCGAUACAAAAUGCUGGCUGGCAAGGUGGAGUGCAUCUCAUCAAUGCCUUCAUCCUUGUCACUUGUAUCUCUGCCAUCAAUAGCUCGAUCUACAUCUCAUCUCGGACACUUUUGUUCAUGGCCCAAGACGGCAAGGCCCCCAAGAUACUGGGCUGGACGAACAAGCACGGCGUGCCAGUGUAUGCGAUUAUCUUCGCCAACGCCUGCGGGGCCCUAUCUAUGAUGAACAUCUCGACCGGAGCUGCGAAGGCGUACAGUUACAUUGUGGCGCUCUCGGGCGUGUCGACCUUCCUGGUCUGGGGUUCGAUUUCCUUUACGCAUAUCCGCUUCCGACAAGCCUGGGCCGCGCAAGGCUACCACGAGACGCGUCUGCCGUUCAAAUCACUAUGGUACCCCUGGAAUGCGUAUUUUGGGCUUGCCGCCAAUAUUUUCCUUGCCCUGGUCCAGGGGUGGACGACAUUCGCGCCGUUUGACGCGGGUGGCUUCGUUGAUGCUUACAUAUUAUUGCCACUGUUUGGCAUCAUUUACGUCGUGUAUAAGGUCGUCUUUAAGACGCGUUUCUGGCGGGUUGAGGAGAUUGACUUGCAGUCAGGCCGUCGCCGCGACAUUGACCAAUCGAAGGUGCAGGCAAUGGGCGACUUUGGUCCGAAUCAAAGCUUGUGGCGUCGUCUUUUGAACAAUUUUUAG